AUGCUGAAGCUGUUUCCCGUUGUUGUUGUACUUUGUGUCAGUCGUGUUCUAGCUGAAGGUGGCUACGCUACUAGCGGUGGUGGAGGCGGAUAUAGUAGCGGCGGCGGUGGAGGAGGCGGAGGAUAUGGAGGAGGCGCUGCAGCACCAGCUCCGGCCCCAGCUCCAGCUUCAUCAGGAGGAUACUCAGGAGGCGGCGCCAGUGCUGGAGGAGGAGGAUAUGGAGGAGGAGCAGCUCCAGCUCCAGCUCCAGCUCCAUCAGGAGGAUACUCAGGAGGUGGCGGUGGUGCUGGAGGAGGCGGAUAUGGAGGAGCAGCAGCACCCGCACCAGCUCCAGCUCCAGCAGGAGGAUACUCAGGAGGCGGCGGCAGUGCUGGAGGAAAAGGAUAUGGAGGAGCAGCAGCACCCGCACCAGCACCCGCACCAGCACCAGCUCCAGCUCCAGCUCCAGCUCCAGCUCCAGCUCCAUCAGGAGGAUACUCAGGAGGUGGCGGUGGUGCUGGAGGAGGCGGAUAUGGAGGAGCAGCAGCACCCGCACCAGCUCCAGCUCCAUCAGGAGGAUACUCAGGAGGCGGCCUCAGUGCUGGAGGAGGAGGAUAUGGAGGAGCAGCAGCACCCGCACCAGCACCAGCUCCAGCUCCAGCUCCAGCUCCAUCAGGAGGAUACUCAGGAGGCGGCGGCGGUGCUGGAGGAGGAGGAUAUGGAGGAGCAGCAGCUCCCGCACCAGCACCAGCACCAGCUCCAGCUCCAGCUCCAUCAGGAGGAUACUCAGGAGGCGGCGGCAGUGCUGGAGGAGGAGGAUAUGGAGGAGCAGCAGCUCCAGCAGCAGCUCCAGCUCCAGCCCCAGCUCCAGCUCCAUCAGGAGGAUACUCAGGAGGCGGCGGCAGUGCUGGAGGAGGAGGAUAUGGAGGAGCAGCAGCUCCCGCACCAGCUCCAGCUCCAGCCCCAGCUCCAGCUCCAUCAGGAGGAUACUCAGGAGGGGGCGGUGGUGCUGGAGGAGGCGCAGCAGCAUCUUCAGGAGGAUAUGGCGCAAGUGCUGGUGGUGGUGCUGGCGGUAGUGUAUAUUCACCAGGACGCAUGCUUCGCUAUCGCUCCUAA